UGCUCAAGAAGAAUGGAAAAAGGAAAUUAUUCACUAGUGACUGAGUUCAUCCUCAUAGGGCUGACAGACCAGCCAGAACUCCAACUACCCCUCUUCUUCUUGUUUCUAGGGAUUUAUGUGAUCUCUGUGUGGGGGAACCUGGGCAUGAUUAUAUUGAUUGGCCUCAGUUCUCAUCUUCACAACCCCAUGUAUUAUUUCCUCUCCAGUUUGUCCUUCAUUGAUCUCUGUCAAUCAACUGUCAUCACUCCUAAAAUGCUCCUGAACUUUGUGUCAGAGAAGAACACCAUCUCCUACCCUGAGUGCAUGACUCAAUUCUAUUUUUUUGCCUUUUUUGGAAUUUCAGAAUGUCAAAUUUUGGCUGCGAUGGCAUAUGACCGCUAUGUUGCUAUAUGCCAUCCUCUUCUUUAUAAUGUUAUCAUGUCCUUUCAGAAGUGCUCAUGGUUGGUGGGUGGGGUUUAUGCAUUUGGCCUAGUGGGGGCCACAGCUCACACAGGCUGCUUGCUGAGAGUGCUUUUCUGUAAGGAAAAUGCUAUUAAUCAUUACUUCUGUGAUCUCCUUCCACUCUUAAAGCUCUCUUGUUCCAGCACUUAUGUCAAUGAAGUAGUGUCUCUGGCAUUCAGUACAUUUAAUAUCCUUUUCCCAACACUGACUAUUAUUUGCUCUUACAUUCUCAUCAUUGGCAGCAUUUUAAAAAUUCAGUCCACUGAAGGCAGAUCCAAAGCCUUCAGCACCUGCAGCUCCCACAUUGCAGCAGUUGGUGUCUUCUAUGGUUCUGUUGCCUUUAUGUACCUGCAACCAUCUUCAAUCAGAUCCAUGGAUCAGGGGAAAGUGUCUUCUGUAUUUUACACUAUUGUUGUGCCUAUGCUAAACCCCCUCAUUUACAGUCUGAGAAAUAAGGAUGUCAAAAUUGCCUUGAGGAAAAUAAUAGUAGGAAGAACAAGCUAG